AUGCCGAGAUCAAACUUCGGUGUAACCAAGCACAAACACAGCCAUGCAGCUCCUUCGUACGAGCAUUCAUCUGAUCAAUCGACAGACGACUACGACUUCGCAGAAACACCCACUAUGGACUUAACGAAUGGAAGAUUGCAUGACAACCUCAAAGUUGAAGCAGACUAUGGCCUACUUCUUCUUUCUCAGCUGCCUCCCUUUGACACCACUGGGCUUGUAUCGAAUACGGGGACAACCGAUUUCGCUGUGCUGAUCCAUCGCCACUAUCGCGCAUUCCAACCUCCAGCAUCGCUGCAAACCCCUGGUUGGACAUGGAAGAAAGCCACAACGGAAGUGACUGUAUUGCGAAAAGCGUUUCCUGCAAUCAAAGACGCUGGAAACAGUAUAUUAGCCAUGGCGGCUUGGUUUCAUUUCCUUUGCGAUGUCGAUGACGAGUUCGAACAGAUGGCGAGUCUGGAAAGAGGACUGCUACUUGAACGGAUCAAGAAAGCGCUGCAGACAGCAAGUGUAAAUCCACUCCAGCCGACAGAAAGUGGGCAUGCAAAACUACUUGCAGUCGUCAGCAGCUUCAUUCGGCAAUGCCAAGUAGUUUUAUCCCCUCAGACUCUUGCUCAGGUCUUUGCCGACGUCAUCGACUGUCUAGAAGGACUGAAUCAAGAUGCUUCUUAUCUGGAA